AUGCUUCGCGCUCCUAAUCGAGGCGCACUGGGUGAGCCUUGGUCUCCCGAGAUCUCGCUCUACAUGCAUUUCGGUCAGGUGGGUAACAAAAAGCUUGGAUCGCUGUGGCCGUGGGCAGCGCGCUGGGGACGCAUCGCAAGAGGCGCACUGGGCCCGUGGAGGGCCUCGGACCGUCCCUGCCUAGGCGAGUCAGCUUUCUCGCGCGUCGCCUCAACCCCGCCCCGCGUCUUGGACCUCGAGGAGUCGAGAAGCGCCUCAUUCCUCCUCGAUCCGCUCGACUUGACCGACCGACCGACCGACCGCUUCUCUUGCCCUGGAAGGGCUGUUGUCAGCAGACUCGACAGUCGCUUGGCCGAAGAGCGCCUUCAUCGCCGGGCAGCUUUGCUCUCGACGCUCCAGUUUUCAUCUGCUCUUUCUGGCCGAGGUGUGGCUGCCCUUUUCGGCCAGCAUCCCGUCUUUACCACUUGUCAUCCCUCAUGGCGCAAGGACCAUCCGCUCGGCAGCAUCCUUGGCGAGCAUCGCUGCAUCAAGCUGAGCUCGACGCGGUGCAGCGCCAGCGUCAGCCUGCUUGCGGUGGCGGGUGAACGCAUGAAAGAUCCCUCGGCUGACUAG